UCCAGACGUCUAUGCAUCUGACUGACAUUUAUUGUAAAAUUGCCUAUUUGUUUAUAAUUUUUAGAUCGAUUAAUAGUUGAAAUCAUAUUGGGAAACACCUAAUGGUCAUCAAAAAAUAUUAAUAUGCCUUUAGCAAAUGCAUUUGAACCAUGGCAAGUUCAACACGCCGAAACGGAGCUUUUGGAAUUUCAAGAACGAUAAGAAUUUUAUCUUCGCAAUCUGGAGAAGGAGAUGAAGCUCAAAAUUCAGAUGAGGGUCAUGGUAAUGAGGGAGAACAUGAAAUUGAACUUGGGGAGGUCAUCAGGGAUGGUCAUGAAAAGACAGACCCAGGUCAGUUUGAACUCCUCAAAGUCCUUGGAGAGGGUUCCUUUGGAAAAGUUUUCCUUGUACGUAAAGUGGUUGGCUCAGAUGCUGGUAUGUUAUAUGCCAUGAAAGUUCUACGGAAAGCAACAUUAAGAGUUAGAGAUAGAUAUAGAACAAAAAUGGAGCGUAACAUCUUAGUUGAUGUUGAGCAUCCCUUCAUUGUUAAACUUCAUUACGCUUUCCAGACAACUGGAAAAUUGUAUUUGAUACUUGAUUUUCUUAGAGGUGGUGACCUAUUCUCAAGACUGAAUAAAGAGGUAAUGUUCACUGAGGAGGAUGUGAAAUUUUAUUUAGCAGAGUUAGCCUUAGCAUUGCACCAUCUUCAUACCAUUGGAAUUAUAUAUAGGGAUUUAAAACCAGAAAAUAUACUUCUUGAUGCUGAUGGGCACAUUGCUCUUACUGAUUUUGGUUUGUCAAAGAUGCCAUUAGAAGAAGAAGAAGGAAAAACUUAUAGUUUUUGUGGAACGGUGGAGUAUAUGGCUCCAGAGGUAGUCAAUAGAAAAGGACAUUCUUUUGCUGCUGACUGGUGGUCAUUUGGAGUCCUCAUGUAUGAAAUGCUUACUGGUAGUUUACCAUUUCAAGCAGCAAAUCGUAAAGAUACUAUGACUCAAAUUCUGAGGGCAAAGUUGGCCAUGCCUGCUAAUUUGAGUCCGGAAGCUCAAAGCUUGUUGAGGGUUCUCUUCAAGAGAAAUCCAAGUAACAGAUUAGGAGCAGGACCUGGAGGAAUAGAGGAUUUCAAGAAACACGAAUUUUUUGCCACAAUUGACUUUGAUGCUUUACUUGCUAAAAAAGUUAGGCCUCCUUUUCAACCAGCAGUGUGUGGUCCAGAAGAUGCAUAUUUUGAUUCUGAAUUUACCAGUAAAACUCCUAGAGAUUCACCUGGUGUACCUGCAAGUGCCAAUGCCCAUGAAUUAUUUAGAGGUUUCAGUUUCGUUGCUCCCUGCCUAAUGGAAAACGGAACUGUUGUGAAACAAAAAUUCGAGACACCAUCUAAAUCUGUGAGAACUACUGAGAAGAAUUUCUUUGAUGAUUAUACUCUUAUGGACGUGUUGGGAUGUGGUAGUUACAGCAUAUGUAAAUUAGCAAGACAUAAUGCAACAAAUCAACAGUAUGCAGUGAAGAUUAUUCAGAAAUCAAUGUGCGAUUGUAGAGAAGAGGUGGAAAUUCUUUUACGUUAUGGUCAUCAUCCUGGAAUUGUUAGCUUGAAAACAGUUUUUGAAGAUGCUGGAAAAGUUUAUAUGGUACUUCAGCUAUUACGCGGUGGAAAUUUAUUGGAUUACAUGAUGAAGAGACGUUUUCUGCAAGAAAUCGAAGCUGCGGCGAUAUUGAGAUAUCUUGUUAAUGCUGUUGCCUAUCUACAUGAGAAUGGGGUUGUACAUAGAGACCUCAAACCAACCAAUAUUCUGUUUGCCAAUGAGGAUUGUACUCCUGAAAGUGUUACUAUCUGUGAUAUGGGAUUUGCAAAACAGUUGAGAGCUGGUAAUGGUCUUCUUAUGACGCCAUGUUACACAGCUAACUAUGUAGCUCCAGAAGUGUUGAAGAGACAGGGAUAUGAUGCAGCCUGUGAUAUUUGGUCUCUAGGUGUUAUCUUAUUUAUAAUGCUCUCAGGUCGGUGUCCUUAUAGCACAGCGCCAAAUGAUAGCCCACAACGUAUUUUAGACAGAAUAAAUACAGGAAAACUAGAUUUGCAGAGUGGCCAAUGGGUGUUUGUCUCUCAAGAGGCCAAAGCUCUGGUGGUUGAAAUGUUGCACAUAUCACCCCAAAGAAGACCGAAUGCUGCACAAAUCGCCAACCAUCCUUGGGUCAGGCAAGCAUGUGGUGUUGUCAUUCCGCAUAAUAUGAAUAUGCAAUUUCCAAAUCAGUUGGAGAACCAGGUGGUACCUUGCGAUGAGAGUGUUCAUUUGAGAGAGACUGUUGCCGCCACUUUCAGAGCAAUUGCUAGUUCUCCUCAGGUAGCACAUCGCUUAGGCCCUGUAGCAAUGUCUGAACUAGCGAGGAGGCGGCUCAGGGAUAAAAAGCAAAUGAGGUUAUAAAUGCGCCUGUCAAUUAUCCAACAGAUGUUGAAGUUGUUGAAAAAAUUUUGUUAUAGAAAUUUUUCGAGGGAAAUGAAAAGUGUCAGAAUUUGGUGAACAUAUAUGUUAUAUUUUUUUUCAAAUUCAGUAUUAGUGUGGUAGGUUCUAGAUUUUGAGUGUCUACAUGCACAUUGGAGAUAUCAUUUCAUUACCGGAUAUAAGGGAGUCUCUUUGGAAAAAAGUACUAUUUGGUCAAUUAUCAACCUGAAAAAUAUUUAUUGCUUAUCGUAAUUUUAUGAUUCAAAAAUAAUUUCUUUCUGUUGUAAUCUCUUUUUGUUGGUUGUUAUGAAUUGACAUGAUGAUUUAAACUUGUUUUUUAUAAUUCUUCAAUUUCUCAAUAAAAAUAUCCCAGUUGAUAAAAAUACUAUAAAUUCAUUACAAUGCACCAAAAUAUAGAAGUUACGGUAAUCAUCUUGACAAUUUAAAAUAGUAAAGUAGCUUGAACUGGAAUAAUUUAUUAUUUUCUGAUCCUCAGUUUAUGGGAACUAAUAAUUGAUUUUAGUAAGAAUUUUUUGCUCACAGGUCAAAAAAUAAGUCUGCCAAUAGAAUUAUCAGAGAAUGCAGUUCUGAACUUAUCAAGUUGUAGUUGAUACAAAUUGUAGGUUAUCUGUGCUCUAAAUAUUAUUGUUCGCGUGAAUCUUGAAUACAUAUAUUUCCUUAUCGUGUAUAUAUAGUAGUUGGAUCUAUUUUUGACAUCAGUAAUAACACAUUAACGAUUAUAUAUAUAUGAUGAUACCCAUGAGAUGAAAUCUAUAUAAAUAUAAAUGUAUGAAAUCUUAACCAAGUUAAAACCUUCCAGUCUUAGCACAAUAAAUGAAAUUGAUUCAGGAGAUCGAAUUUUGAUCGAAAAUAUAUUUUCAAACCUGAUUUUAUCAGAUGCUUUGCAGGCUUGUUAUGUGUUUGCAAUUGGCCCAGUACUUUCGGAUUUCCAAAAUUUGUGCUGCAGCACUUUUCGAAAAUUUUGAUUUUAAUGGCCCUGAUAAAUCUGUGAGUACACGUUGUACUAUCGAAAGAAUGAAUACUUAGAUAAUAUAUUGAGUUGUGACUCUCGAAAAUGAAGAUAUAAGUUAGCCCAGCCCAUUUGUUUUGUUUUGUCGAAAAUGAGUAGAAAAGUUUCAAUAUAUUUAUGUAGACUUGUGCCGUAAAUAUUUUCACGGUAAUUCUCCUAAUUUUCCGAAAAAUCUAAAUUUCGGAAAAAAGAUUAACCAGCACAUGCGUUUUUCCUUGUCGAAAAUUUUUCUGUAUAGAAUCUGUGCUGACUUGUGCCGAUCAGUGUUGGAGAAAAGCUUACAAUCUCACUCUCAAAUGUUGGAAAUCAAUAGCUUGUUUGAAAAUCAUUAAACAUGGCAAGAGGCCUGAGAUUCAGUACGUUGAGGAUCGCAACAUUCCGCAUUCCGACAAUAGUCGCAUUCCUAAAAAAUCUGUUUCGUGUUUCAGUUACAGAGCUGCCAAAAUUCAACUUUCGGUUGUGUUCGGAGGGUUGCGAUUCUCAAGGUUCUGAAUCUAACUCUGUUGCCAAGUAAAAUGAUUUUCAAACAAUUAACUACUUUCUCUAAUUUCGAUUUGAAAGUAACGGUCGGAAAUUUUUCUCAAAUGUGAAAGGCACAAAUUAAGCACAACCAUAUGAAAAAAAAAUUGUCGAAGAAAAACGUUGGGAUAACUUUUUCCCGAAAUCUUUAUUUUUCGGAAAAAUAGCAAAAUUUUCGAAAAGUUCAUACACAUAUAGCGCCAUUUUUUUGCACAUGUUUUCAUUAAGAAAAAACGAAGAGCUGGGCCAACGUUUUUUCAAUUCGGCGAUUUCUCGGCAAAUCCGACGAAUUUUCCUGAAAAUAUAUAGGGAUCUUUAUUUUUUUUCAUUUUCGAUUUCCCGGGAAAUGAGAGGGGCUUUUGCAAAAAUCCGAAUGGCACCACUCGGUAAAUGUUCAGUCUAAUUCAGCCGUUAAAACCCAAAAUAUCAAAAAGUGCCCAUUUUAUGCAUUAUGUGGAUUAUCCUGAGAACCUUCUGGAAUAAAAAAAAUAUUUCAAUGACACAAAGCAGAAAACCUAUCACAAUUCAGCACAAAAAAAAUUGAAAAUGGAUAUGUAUUGUGCCAACUUCACACACAUAGAUUUGUUAACUGCCCCAAUCUAUAAUAUCGCCUUUCAUUGUGUAAAGAAAGAAUUAAAUGAUACUAGUAUAGGCUUUCAUUCGUGUGUAUAAUAAAAUUAAUUCAAUGUUCGUUUUCACUAAUUAUAAUUAUUGGAAUGAGAUGCUAUCAUUAUGAUGAUGAUCAUGACAAUGAUGAGAAUUAAGGACAUAUUCUGAACUUCUUCAUACUGCCCUUUUAACAAACACUUCUCCAUGCUAUGUUUUAGUAGCAAUACUAUAAGAUAAAUAAAUCACCAUGAUUUCUUCCAGUUUAGAUAUUGAAUCAGUCCAGCAACUUAUAUAGAUCGUGGUUUUUCACCAAACAGAAUUUGAUGGAUAAGUUGUGAUUGUCAUCAUAUUCGCCACUAAAUUUAAAAAAAAAUCAGCAUUAUUGUAUACAUAAUGAUAAUAGUUAUGCCAGUAAUGUUAAACAAUUUCUAGUCAUUUAAGCUAAUACCUGUUACUAUUUCCUCUUGAACUAUAAUUCUGCAUUUCUGAGUAUCUAUCUGUUUUAAUUUUUGUUUGUUAUUCAAUAUACUACUGAGACUUGUAUUUAUCUUUAUUAUAAAUAAUUGAAGAUUGCGAUUAGAUUCGAUAAUGAAUGUGCACAAAAUCAACUCUUGAAUAUUAAUUUUGAAUAUUUUCUAUAGAAAUUUGUAUGACGUGAUUUCAUUUCUGCCAUAACUUGUGUUCCUUUAGCGAGAAUUGAUAGGCAUAAGGAUGUAUAUUGUUAUUAACUUAUUCAUAUGUAGCAUGUCAGUGUUUACAUGAAAUAUAAGUAGUUGUAACUAUUCCUGAACGAACUGUUAUAACAUUUUAUUGGGCUGAGUUGUGUAACUCAAGAGUAAUCGAAUUUUUUGAAAAAAUUGUCAGCAUAGGGCCUCAAUAAACUGAACUUGAUGUAUAUUUUUAUUAUAUGAAAUGUUUAUAUUUGCAUACAAUUUUUAAUGUAGUUUGAAAUGAAUAAAGGAAAAACUCUCUUGUGUUGUUGA